AUGAAAUCUACGAGUGAUAAUAGCAAUGGAAGUAAUAAUAACUGGUUAGGCUUCUCUCUCUCACCCCACAUGAAAAUGGAGGUGGCUUCUGACCCCCAACAUAAUCAUCAGUACCAUCAUCAAACCCAUGCUCCUGCUGCUGUUUCUGUUUCUGCUGCUGUUCCAACAAGUUUCUAUCUAUCUACUCCUCACUUCAACAGCUCUGGAAUCUGUUACGGAGUUGGAGAAAAUGGUGGCUUUCACUCUCCUUUGUCUGUUAUGCCCCUCAAGUCUGAUGGUUCUCUUUGCAUCAUGGAAGCUCUCACUAGAUCGCAACCUGAAGGAAUGGUGUCGAGUCCGUCGCCGAAACUGGAGGAUUUCCUAGGUGGUGCAACUAUGCAUAGUCAUCAGUACAGUAGCCAAGAAAGGGAAGCCAUGGCCUUAAGUCUAGACAGCAUAUAUUACCAGCAAAACUCGGAGCCGGAAACUAAUAGACAACAUUCACUCGACCUUCACGAACCAUAUAGGCAGCAAGAGCAACAGUUUUCAGUUCCAACCCAUCCAUACUAUGCUGGAAUUGCAUGCCAAGGAUUAUAUCAGGCCCCACUGGAGGGAGAAACCAAGGGUACUCAGCUUGCAGAUUGUAAUUCACCUAUUCCUCAAAUUGGAGAAGAUGGGCUGCCUUGCUUAAAAAACUGGGUUCCUAGGCACUAUUCCUCCCAAAAUGCCCUGGAGCAGCACAUUAAUAGUAGCAUGGUUAAUGAUGGUGGGGCUUCUUGUUCUAUUAAUGCUGUGGGUUGUGGAGAUUUACAGUCUCUCAGCUUGUCAAUGAGUCCUGGCUCGCAGUCGAGCUGCAUUACAGCUCCAAGGCAGAUCUCACCGACUGGCGCCGAAUGUGUGGCCAUAGAAACAAAGAAGCGAGGCUCUGCAAAAGUGGGUCAAAAACAGCCUGUUCAUAGGAAGUCUAUUGACACAUUUGGCCAAAGAACAUCGCAGUAUAGAGGUGUUACAAGACACAGAUGGACUGGUAGAUAUGAAGCCCAUCUUUGGGACAAUAGUUGUAAGAAGGAGGGCCAGACCAGGAAAGGAAGGCAAGGGGGCUAUGAUAUGGAAGAGAAAGCUGCGAGGGCUUACGAUCUUGCUGCCCUCAAGUACUGGGGACAUUCAACCCAUAUAAAUUUUCCGUUAGAAAAUUACCAGGAAGAACUUGAGGAAAUGAAAAACAUGAGCCGCCAGGAAUAUGUUGCACAUUUACGUAGAAAAAGUAGUGGUUUUUCUAGGGGAGCGUCAAUCUACAGAGGAGUUACAAGGCAUCACCAGCACGGAAGAUGGCAAGCAAGGAUAGGCAGGGUUGCAGGAAACAAGGACCUUUAUCUUGGGACGUUCAGUACCCAAGAGGAAGCUGCUGAAGCUUAUGAUAUUGCUGCAAUCAAAUUUCGUGGGGUUAAUGCCGUGACUAACUUUAACAUAACAAGAUAUGAUGUUGAUAGGAUCAUGGCAAGCAACACACUUCUAGCCGGAGAGCUAGCCAGGCGAAACCGAGAUACAGAAUCUAGCAUUGAGGCUAUUGAUUAUAACACGUCAACACAGAACAAUGGUGUUCUAUAUCAGUCACAGCAGGAGCAGCCAAAUGCCCGUGGAGAAUCACUUGAUCAGAAGUCCACGAGUGCUGGAAAUUAUCGGAGUUCCUCGUUCUCGGUGGCAAUGCAAGAUCUUAUUGGCAUUGAUCAUUCAGUGAACUCUAACCAGCCAGUCCUAGAUGAAUCAGCCAAGCUAGGAACUCGUCUCUCGAACCCCCCAUCGUUGGUGACCAGUUUGAGCAGCUCUAGAGAAGCUAGCCCUGAUAGGACUGGAACCCCCAUGCUCUUCGCUAAACCUCCACUAGCAUCGAAGUUCAUUAGCCCUACAACUAGCGUUACUCCUUGGUUCCAAGCAGCAGCCCAAUUGAGGCCAGCCGCAAUCUCCUUAGCUCACUUGCCAGUUUUUGCUGCAUGGAACGAUACCUAA